AUGUCCAGAUAAUCAUUCAAAGCACCAGGUUGCAGAAUGAAAACAGGAUUAAUGGAAAAGGAAGAAUUUGACAAAUUAGGAUUUACAGAAGAAAGUUCUUGGGAAAACGAAGAAGCUGAAUAAAAGUUUUUAUUUAGUAAAAUAUUAGAAAAGAAGAAAUUAGCAUUCGAAAAUUCCAAAAAUAAUUUUUAAUAAAAAUAGAAAUAAUAGUAAACAAAAUUGCCUGAAUGA